AUGACUUGCUACACACAUGAUGUCCUAUGGCAUAAAGGUCGAACCUGUGCACAAUACGAUAUUGAGAGACAGACCACCGAAGGCGCCACGCGUGAUACUAUCGAUCGCGAGACCAAACCUUGUCCUAAAUGUCAUAUUAGGAUUUUUAAGUCGGAUGGGUGUUCUCAUAUGACCUGUGCCAAUACCGGAUGUGGACACCAAUUUUGUUGGUUAUGCGGUGCAGAUUAUAAACAUAUUCUCUCACAUGGCAACAAUUAUCACGAAAAGACGUAUGAGUUGUACG